ACCAAUACCACAAGCAUUCCACUUUGUGUUUAUCUCAUUCUUCCCAUGUUGGAUUGCAUGACAAGGAUCUGAAGCAGCACGGACGGAACAACAGGGCAAAGUUUGUGUGACAAAAUCAACUAAAUAAUUUAUUUUUCUUACACUAACCUUAACCCAGAUGUGCUGACAGACAUCAAGUUUAAAUUGAAAUGCUGCAGUAAUGAAACUUCUCAAAUUUAGCAUUUUCGUGGGACAAAAAUGUUGGUAGCCUUUAAAUGUGAUUACACAAUGUUUUAUCCUAGUUUCUGAAUAUUUGACCUGAUUUGGUCAUUAUUUAAAGAAUGGCAAGAUGUUUUAUAACUCAUUCAGUUGAGAAUUGUAUUCAUGUCUCUGCUAUUUGCAAAAUUUUCAGUAAGAGAAGAAUUAUGUAUCUUCUAUGGCCUCUACUGUUUCUUCAUGUUUCAGCACAACAUUGGACGCUGUUUGAUGGCCAACCAAAGCAGCCAACACAGGAGGGCAGCAUAAGAUUGGUGGGGGAUCAUCCUUCAUCUGGUCGUGUGGAGAUCUAUUAUGAUGGACAGUGGGGCACAGUUUGUGAUGACGAAUGGGAACUCGCCGAAGCACAAGUGGUGUGUCGUCAGAUGGGUUUUCCUGAAGCGAUAAUAGUUACGCCUGGAGGACAAUAUGGUGAAGGUUCUGGUCCAAUAUGGCUGGAUGACAUGAACUGUAAAGGCUCGGAGAGCUCAUUGUCUGAAUGCAGCUUCAAAGGCUGGGGUGUUACUGACUGCUCACAUAAAGAGGAUGCAGGAGUGAUCUGUGAGACUGGUCCAAACAUAACCAGCAAUCGUCAGUUCUCUGUGGAUAACAGUAUGGGUUUGUCUGAUGAUCUUGAUCUUCUCUUUGACAGUGGAGAUGGUUGUGAUUUCAGCAUUAAUGUACGAGACCUCUCUGAAGAGGCAGAGUUGGAGUUUUGUGUGCACCGUUUGAUUCUCUUGAUUUAUCCAGAACUAAACAUAACAAAGGAGUCCAGAAACCUCACAGUGGAUGUCAGCCAGACAUGCCAUCCUCAUGUCUCUGCUUUUCUCAGGUAUUUGUACACACGUCAAAUUGAGGUUUCCAUCAAAUCGGCUCAAUGUCUCCAUCAGCUGGCAUUUAUCUUUGGAGUGAAGAAACUUAUGGAGGAUGUUGGCAGGGUCUUCACUUUACUCUUACCUGAAGACAACAACUUUCAGACACAGGUAUCCAUGUACGAGUAUGGCGUCCGUACAGGUGACCUUGUUCUGCAGGAGAAUGUCCUUCAGUAUCUUUCCUGGAACUGUGAGUUCCUCAUAAGCUCUCCGGUGUGGAGCACCAUCUCCUUUCACAUGAUGGACGCUCUGCUGCAGCGCUCAGACCUGGUUGUGAAGGAUGAAGCUUUACUUCUUGAAGCUCUGGAGAGAUGGAUCCAAGACAAAGGUGAUGAAAUUAGUUCAGAACAACAGGCCAGCCUCCUGAAUCACAUCCGCUUCCUCUUGAUCCCAGUGGAUAAACUGUAUGAAAUACAGUUUUCCUCAAGUGUUCUCUACCAGAAUCAUGAGAAACUGUACCUAAAUGGUCUGCUCAGAGGUUUUCAGUUCAAUGCUCUUUCUUUCUCUAAGAUCAAGAGUAAAAUGUACAACAUUAGUAAUAAUUAUCUACCCAGAAUCUACACUGCUAAUGAGUGGAGUCUAGUUAUCAAUGUUACCAGCUUCAGAUACCCAUACCCUGAACAAAGUAACAGAAUCCAAAACUUCUACACUCCUGUACACCCUAGUGCUCUUUACAGAGAGCAAAGGGUUUUAUGGAAAGCCUGGGUUUUUCUUUCUGUUCAGGAAUGCUCUAGCAAUGGUGUUUCAUGUAAUUCUGUUCCUGUUGCAAGGCUGUUCACAGAAGAUAAUCAGAACAGUUACACUAACACCAUUCACUUCAGCAACAGGUUGAUUCUCACCUGUAAGAAUCAAAACAAUGUCUUUCAUGUCCAAGACUUCAAAAACACCAUGGCAGUGAUUCCAAAUAACAGCACUAUGAGUCUGCCUAACCCCUGUCCUGAUGACUACAGUUUUAGAUUUGUAGUGCGUCCAGAGUAUAUCUGACUGCACACUGUUACAUUUGGCUGCAGGUAGUUUACAGGCAUUUCAGUCAAAUCAAAUCUAUUAGCUUUAAUCUCUUUUUAAAAAGAUGUGCUAUUCAUUUAUAAUCUUGAAUGAUUUGUCUGAAAUGUUUCACUUGAUUUAAAAAAUGUAAUUUGAUGGCUUUAGCAAUAAAAAUACUUAAUUUUGCAAGUGCACUUAAAAAUAAAUAUAUAUUUCAUUCGA